AUGCAUCCUCAAGUCUUCAUUUCAGGCCUCAUACUGCUUCUCCCAGCUGCCAUAGAAUCUUUCCGAGAAGUGCAUGGAGUGGUGGGUCACCCUGUGACACUACCAUGUACUUACCCUGUAUCUUAUGGCAUCUCACCCACAUGUUGGGGCCGAUUGGCGUGUUUUUCUGGUAAAUGUAAAAAUGUUGUUAUCUUGACCAAUGGAUACUACGUCUACUAUGAGAGGAACAAUCGUUACCACCUAAAGGGGCAGCUUCUUCGAGGAAACGUGUCCUUGACAAUAGAGAAUGUCACUGAGAGUGACAGAGGUCUCUACUGCUGUCGAGUGGAAAUGACGGGAUGGAAUGGUGUACAGAGGUUGACCAUCUCACUGCAAGUUCAACCAGGAAUUGAUCCAACACAGAACCCACCAAGGAUCAUGACUAAAGGCUUCUACAUUGGAAUCUCCAUUACCUUGGUGCUUCUACUUCUUGUGAGCACAAUGGUUAUCACAAAGUGCAUCCUUGUGAAGAAGCCAGGAUCUCUAAGCACUGAUGAAAGAAAUAUGACAUAUCAGAAAUCCAGAAGAUACCAGCUAAAGGGGAAUUUCUACAAAGGAGAUGUGUCCCUGACCAUAGAGAAUGUGUCUCUAGAUGACCAUGGGACCUACUGCUGCAGGGUAGAAUUUUCUGGUCUAGGGAAUGAUCAAAUAUUAGACCUGGAAUUAGUCAUCACAACAACUGCAGUCCUGGGGUGGGAUGGGAAGAACUGGGAUGAAGAGGCCUCACCUGUGAAGGCCAGCGAUGUACCUUCCAAGUGUUUUCAUACUCAAGGAUGUAGUCUAGAGAAGGGGAGGAAAAGCUUAGACCAGAGGUUCAAGAACCCGCCUGAUCCUUAG